CAGGAAUGGAUUAUCACAUCCGAUCAGCUGAGCCCAGGGACUCCCCCCACAUUAUGGCCAUGAUCCGGGAACUGGCAGAAUAUGAAAAAAUUACUCACUUUAUCAAACUGACUGAGGAAGUUUUGCACAGAGAUGGCUUUGGGGACAAUCCUUGGUUUCGAUGUCUGGUGGCGGAGCGGCCAGAGAAUGAACCAAGCGAAACAGGACCCCCCUUUGCAGGAUACGCUCUUUUUGCAAACAGUUACAGUAGCUGGACUGGACGGACCCUGCACCUCGAGGACAUCUAUGUGUCUCCCCAAUUCAGAGGUCGGGGUCUUGGAAAGAAACUGAUGAAAAAAGUGGCUCAGGAAGGCCUAAAGUCUGGUUGCUCCCAGAUACACCUCUCUGUCCUGAAGUGGAAUAAUCCAGCUAUUCACCUUUACAAAUCUCUAGGUGCGGAGAGCCUUACCGAGGACCCUGGUUACCAAGUGAUGUCUUUCAAUUUGGAGGCUCUAAAGAACAUGGCAAAAGAAGAGCAACUUUCAUGUACACUCUGAAACUGAUCAGCAAGACAAAGACUAAAUGCCCACCUACUGUCAAUUCAACAUAAAAACUGUAUCUAGCUUCUAAUAUUCCAUGGUCAGACUAAGACAUCACAACCACCUACUGCUAAUCCAACGUGAACAGCUCUGUAUGCAUCAUCUAUAUAAAUGGACUUGGUGUCCAUCUUUAGACAAAGACUGUACCCCACUUGUUAUCUGCAAAACGGUUAAAUUAUGCUCUACACCCGUUCUCCAUCGCACCUGGUCAAACACCCUAUAACCACCCACUCAAUGUUCAGGUUAACAUUUUGCACCACAACAGGGGAGAUGUAAUUAGUAAAACUAUUUUGUGCUGCAGUUUCUCUCUCUUUCCGAUACAUUGCCUAUUUUAUUUUGGGGGUUUAUAAAGUCACACAGUUUGCCUGGAAUCGUUGAUUUUUAUUUUCUUACUAUUUCAGUAUGGUCAGGCAAUGGAUGAAGAAUUCAGUCUCACCUUUCGUCAUUUCCAUUAAAUUUCUAUUAGGGGCUGAGCUGCGUACAUCAACUGAUAAGGAAGAAUUUCUGGAGUGAGUGGCCGUGGCUAAGGGGGCAGGUUUAUGAAGCCCCUCUUCUUAGAGCUUCUACUGAUUAAUCUUUGGAUCCAAGUCCAACAUCUAUAGAACUUUGUUCCAGAACCCUACAUUAUUCACACACACACUGUCUGAUAGCCAGCAGCCUACUCGAAGGCUAUAAUGAAGGUACAAUAAAGAUUAUUAAGGCUU